CCUCCGUCCCCCUCGUUGCCCAGACUCCACGCUUGCUUGACACCAUAUACAUCUGGGAGGGAUCAUGUCGGACAGCAUGGGAAGGCGCCGCAGCGUCGACGUCGGCGGCCUUGCCCUCGCCCUCAGCGACGAGAACCAGGGUCACGGAUGGGGAGGUUGGGAGGAGACAGACUGCGGGGAGACGAGAUAUGCAGAAGUCUUGAUCGACGUCCGCGCGCACACGGAGACGAUGGUCAGCCAGGACUGCGAGCACUUCAACUCGUGUUGUGUGGUGCUCAAUCGAGACACGCACGAGCGAUUGAUUCACUCGUUGAGCUCCUGGCAUUUCGAGCCUCACAAACUUCCCGAGGAAGAAGUCAUCGCAUGCUCCUAUAUCCUCUUCGAGGCGCUCUAUCGAAUAGAGAACAUGCAGGAGACUGUAUCUGUAUCACUUGGCUCAAUAGCGACCUUCUUGCAACAUCUAUGUCAGCUAUACCGACAAGCCAACACAUACCACAAUCUCCAGCACGCGCUCGACGUCUUCCAGGCGGUGUACUUCUUCUUGACUUCUGCCGGUGCUGUUCCUCCCGUAACGAUCCUCUUGGAAGACGGCCGGACUUGGAAACGAGAUCGAGAAGCUUCAGAUCCGCUGGUGGGCCUACUAACUGACGAAGACCUGUUCGCGCUAUGUAUCGCUGCGGUAGGACACGACGUCGGCCAUCCAGGGCUUAAUAAUGCCUUCAUGAAAAAUGCGAAGACGCCAUUAGCGGUUGUAUACGACGACAAGUCCGUACUCGAGCAAAUGCACUACUCGCUCAUACUCCAGAUCAUGCGACAUCAUAACCUGAGCUUCCUACUCGACCGACCGACUGCCGGCCCGCUCUUCCGCCAACUGCUGCUCAAAACGGUGCUUGCGACGGACAUGGGUAUUCAUUUCAACUUCAUGACGGAUUUCCGGGACAUGCUCGCCGGGGCCGACCUACCGGAAUUCCAGCGACGCAUCCUUGUCUGUCAGGCAUUAAUCAAGUGUGCGGACAUAAGCAAUCCAAGUCGGCCGUACCUCGUCUCGCAACAUUGGGCGACAGCACUUGAAUCGGAGUGGAGCAGCCAAUUACUCCUCGAGAAGCACUUGCAACUUCCGUCGUCUGUCAAACCGUCGGACAGUCGGAUAGGCGAGGCGAACAGUCAGAUUUGGUUUAACACGACGUUCGCACGCCCGUUGUUCGAGCUCAUUGCGCAAGGCAUCCCGUCGUUCGAGCAGUUCGCAUCACAAUCGAGAGAGAACCUUGCGCUCUGGCAGACCCGCGCGGCCGAACUCGCGGCUCAACCAAACGAACUGUCGCCAGAUGCCCCCGAAACGCCAUUGACUUGGCCUUCGCAGGCACCCAACGACUUCUUGACCGCAUUCCCGCCGACUUUACCAGAAUCCUUCCGACAGCCCGAGGAAAUGUCGUAUCCGAUGGUAUACCACCACCACCAUCGACUGUCUAGCGUCGCGCCCAGCACGUCUUCCUCUUCAUCUACCCCCAGCCAGUACGAGAGCUGCGAGUCGUCACUGCCUUCGCCCACCUUCUCCCCGGUCUUGGAACCCGCAUCUGCAUCCCCUCCGGCGUCGCCGUCGAUACAGGGCUCGUUACCUCCGCGUCUGGAGCUUCCGCAGUCACGCCCCCAGAGCGUCGCGUCGAAUGCCCCCUCUACCUCCGCAAGUGUGUUCAGUAUAACCAACGAGGCAACCGCAGCCAUUCGCGCAGCGUACAAAGCCAGUGUUCGCAAGAAGAAGUCGUUCCACCGCUCCUCGUGGAACCCCAGCCCGACCGCGAUGUCGUCCCUGUCACAGACCCCACCGCCCGUGCCUGGGCCCGCAGUUGGGCGAAGUCCGGUCUCUCCUGCAGGGUCGGGGGACAGCCCUCUCAGCCUGAGCGGUAGCUCACACAGCACAGGGACGCUCACGCCCAGUCCGCUUACCCCGGACGGGAAUGCGACACAGGCACGGCAGACGUUGCUGAAGACCGCGCUCGUCUCCGCAUCAUCAUAGGACUAGUCCUAGCGAUUCGACCCCUCAUCCUCACUUUGCCUGCGUCUGGACAACCCGCCCGCGCUUCCCCUCCUCGAACACUGCGCCCCCAUACAUCCCUCCGCCCCCAUCACACUGUCUCCUCCGCCCCCUUCCUACUUCCCUACACGGUUCUGGUCCGAGGCUCGUUGGCACGAUGCUGUAUUAUGUGUACCCUGACGUAUGUAUGUAUCUGAGCGCUGUCCGUCGGUCUGUCUCUUCGCACCUGCACCAUAUCUCUGUCUGCUUCCCGCCCCCUUCGUCUGUGCAUUAUCCGUUUCCCGCCCUUGUCACGUCGGUUUUCCGACGUUCGACCCUCCCACCGACAGUUACACAGCCGCGAUAUCUUGGAUCUCGGCUCACCACGUCUCAUAUCCCACCUCCUGAUAUACAUACGAACUUUGGCAGCAGGACGUGUGCUCCGCCCCCUUUGAAAAUCCCUUCCCGUAGUACGUUUUCCUGAACUACGAUACCCUCCCAUGUGUAGCAGUAUCGAUAUCGACUCGUGGCUCGUUCCCCG